AGGUGGCGUCCGGUGCCUGUCACAAAGUUAUUAACUUGGGUGCGUUUGUUUUUACAGUGCUGUGUUUGUUGAUUAAGAAGUUUUGAUAGCCUUUAAUUAAAAUGGAUGAUGAAGCUGAAACCUACAGACUGUGGAGAAUAAGAAAGACUGUUAUGCAGCUAUGUCAUGAUCGUGGCUACCUCGUAACUCAACAUGAGUUGGAUCAAUCUUUAGAAGAAUUCAAAGAAGAAUUUGGCGAUAAACCGAGUGAAAGAAGGCCUGGUAGACAAGAUUUAACCAUUCUGGUGGCCCAUAAUGAUGAUCCCACUGAUCAAAUGUUUGUUUUUUUCCCCGAGGAGCCAAAGGUUGGUGUAAAAACUAUCAAAACAUAUUGCCAGAGGAUGCAAGAAGAAAAUAUUCAAAGAGCGAUAAUUGUUGUGCAACAAAGCAUGACUCCUUCUGCCAAACAAUCCCUAUUUGAUAUGGCACCAAAAUAUAUUUUAGAGCAGUUCUUGGAACAGGAACUGCUGAUCAAUAUCACUGAGCAUGAACUUGUACCAGAACAUGUUGUACUAACUCCUGAAGAAAAGUCAGAACUUUUGACUCGAUACAAGUUAAAAGAUCACCAACUGCCCAGGAUACAGGCUGGAGACCCAGUUGCACGUUAUUUUGGACUUAAACGUGGACAAGUGGUCAAAAUUGUGCGACCUAGUGAAACUGCUGGUCGUUACGUAACAUACAGAUUAGUUCAAUAACGAAACCACAAAGUUAAAAGAAAACAACAUACAAUAACUUGCAAAUAUUUCUGAAUUGUGCUCUGUGUUAAAAUUUUGGCUUGCUAAUGUAAUGUGUAACCGAUUUUUGUUGUUCAAUCACUGCUUUAUUUGCCAUAUUUCAUUUAAAAUUUAACCUGUCAAAGUGAGGUUUUGCAUUAUUUUUUCAAUUGUUACGACAUUUAUGACUGCCACAAUUUUAUAGUAAACAAUGACUGAGUUUUUCUACCAUGCAGA